UCAAAACAUGAAUUCUGAAGUAUAAAGAAAGAGUGUGUCAAGAGGAAAUUUAAUAUAUUCCAAAAUUAAACUGUUAUGCAUGACAGUCACAAUAUAAAUCGAAUAAAGAUACGUUUCGAGUUAAUAUACAUGUAUGAUAUGUUAUUUAGCUUUAAAUAGGUGAAUGCAAUCACUCUUGGGUAGAAUCAAUCCAAUUUGGUCUAAACUUUAAAAAUACUACAUUACAAAAUAAUCAUUAAUUUUCAUAACAUAAAUGAUAUCAAAUAAAAAGUAAAAAAAAAAUCUUCAAUUUUCAAUUCUUAAUUCCUAUAGGUAGUAUAUUCUGAUUAGGUACAUCACGGGGAGAGUUUCCUAACGUAAAAAAAAACAAAAAAACAAACAAACUUAAAAAGCAUCCUCAUUCCAUGCCUGUCAAAUUGCCGCUUUGAAUAGUGGUGUAUCCAUGAUACCGCGGUUAUGCUGUCACAUAAUGCAGUCUUCAUCAGUCCUUAUCUCUCUAUCUAUCUAUAUUUCAAAAAAAACCUGACGGAUUGGGAGAUUUGAUGUGCGUAUAUAUGUGUCCGGAAGUUUUAUUAAGUUCAUGCCUCCUGUUUCUCAACAUGAAUGUAUAAUAUUUCGCUAUAUUCGUUUGAUCGGAUGGAGAGCUACAGGAUUGCUCGUUUGCUGUUCGAAGAUUUCCAGUAGAUCUCUAUCACCUACUUCUCCAAUAGCAAGUAGAGGUUGUAGACAUACUGGACCAGUUCUGCAGAUAGACAGUUCAUGCGAAGUUCUAAACAUGUCGAAGACAUCAGGACUCAAAGGAGAGGUGGAUGGUAUCUUGGAGAGGGUUUUGGUGGAAUGCGGGGGACUUGGGAAACUUCAGUGGUUGCUAAUGUUUGUUGUCCUUGGUAGCAAAGUCGCCAUCACAUGGAGCAUGCUUAUGAUGACGUUUGCGGGGGCAACACCAGAUUGGUGGUGCGCAUGGAAGAACAAAACUUCUGGUUUGAAUGACAGUUAUUCAGAAUCGCUUAAGUCAUGCAAACCCCCUGUUAACUCUUCCGUAGAAGAUACUUGUCUGUCGACACGCUUCAGUGAUGAUAAAAACACGAUUGUUAACGAGUGGAGACUGAUUUGUGACGAAGACUGGAUAACAUCUACCAUCACCACUAUCCAGAUGGGCGGUCUCUUGGCCAGUGGAUUUAUCGCGGGUCAAGUGGCGGACCUUAUUGGUCGUAAACCCACUUUCUUUAUAUCCCUCAUCUUGCUCGCCGUCAGCAAUCUGGCAUGCGCUUUCUCCAACACUUGGCAGAUGUUCGCUGUGUUUCGUUUCGUGAUCGGUCUGGCCUGCGGAAUGUAUCUGACUGUCUUCUUUAACUUUGUUCUGGAAUUCAUCCCUACCAUGUACCGGGCUAUGGUGAUGGCGAUCCCAGCUUGGCCCGUAUUUGCGGCGUUUUUUGGUUUAGUUUCCUGGUGGCUUAGGGACUGGCAGUACCUCCACUACGCCACUGCAGCUGUCACUGUACCUUUCCUUCUUGGGAUUUUUGUGGUGCCAGAGAGUUUCAGAUGGUUGGUGUCACAUUUCAAAACAAAAGAAGCGGAAUUAGUUAUAGAACGAAUUGCUUCUAUUAACGGUAGACAAAAACCGGAUGUGACGAAACUUAUUGAGAUAAUUCAGAAAGAGGCUGAAAUGGAGAGCGAUAAGAAAUAUUCAAUCCUGGAUAUAUUCCGAAAUGCAACACUAGCGAAACAUUCAUUCUUUCUUUGGUUUAUAUGGCUGGCAAGUGGUUACUCCUACUAUGCAAUAUCUUUCGGCGUUGAGGAACUUUCCGGCGACCUCUACCUCAAUAUGUUCCUGCUGAGUGCUGUGGAGAUCCCUGCUCAAGCAAUCACGUGGUUCUUCAAUAACUGUAUCGGCAGACGAUGGUCAUGCUUCCUAUUUUAUAUGAUUGCUGCUGCUGGUGGGUUGGCUGUGGGGAUUGUGCAAGUCAUCAAUCCUGCGAAUAGUUCCACCAUCAUCAACGGGUGUGCCAUGGUGGCAAAACUGGGCGUGGCAGCAGCGUGGGCGGCUCUCAUGACGUUUACGACAGAGACUUACCCUACGGUAGUAAGAAACAUUGGAUACGGAUGUGCGAAUUCCAUUUCACGUAUUGGCGGAAUGGCAGCUCCACAAAUCGUAUUACUGAGUAAAUCCGUCACUGGUUUGAUGUAUUUUCUGUGUGGCGCACUUAUGUUUUUGUCCGCCCUGUCUGCAGCGCUAGUACCAGACACUAAAGGGAGAGAUAUGGAAAACCACAUUCGGAAAUCAGAAAAAUCCGAAAAACAGGAGUUUUAUAAAAUUACCAAUGGUUUCACAGAGAAGGGACGAGAUAUAGGAUAUUAAUUCUGAUAAGAAAUGAUAAUGACAUUCUGUAUAAGUCAUGUUUCUUUGAUUUACUUCGUUUAUUAAAUGUAUCUGUGUACCAGUCUUCUUCCAUUUUAUUUUUCAAAGCAUUACUUUUACUUGAAUAGAUUUUGAAAAUGACACGCUUCUGUGGAUUUCAAAAAUUACAUGAUUCUGUGUAUAACAUUCAACUAAGGUUUAGUGUUUUUUGUGUGUAGUGUGACCAACCAUGUGGUUUUCAUGCAUUUUAUUUUUUAUUAUUAUGAUUAUUAUUUAUCUUUAAUUUUCCCCCGCCGCAACGCGGAAAAGGACAUAGAAAUACCAGUGUCCGUCCGUCACACUUGACUUUGUGGACGGAAAUCCUCGAAAACCGCUCAACGGAUUUUGUUAAAAUUUUGUAGGAUUGUUAUUCACCAUAUGUAGUCCUAUGUAGUUAAUCAUAUUGCUCCACCAUUUUGAUUUAAUAAAUUGUACAGGAGUUA